AUGACAGUUUCCUACAGUCUUGAGGUGGCCAAUGCCAGGUUUGCUGGCUUUUCCAGGCUCCUGUUCAGGUGGAAGGGAAGCAUCUACAGGCUGCUCUACAAGGAGUUCCUGGUGUUUUGUAGUGUUUAUUUGUUUUUUAGUUUGUUUUACAGGUUUCUCCUCACACGGAGGCAGCAGGAUCUGUUUGAGCGUAUCGCCCUUUACUGUGAUCAGUUCACCAACACCAACUACAUCCCUGUUUUGUUUGUGCUUGGUUUCUAUGUGACCUUGGCCUUUAACAGGUGGUGGGGUCAGUACACCAGCUUCCCACUGCCUGACAACCUGAUGAUGGUGGUGUCUGGGAACGUCCACGGGACUGAUGAGAAGGGCCGUCUGCUGAGACGAACCCUCAUGAGAUAUGCCAAUUUAUCUUCAGUCCUUAUUCUCCGCUCCAUUAGCACAAGAGUUCACAAGCGGUUCCCAACUUUGGACCACAUUGUGGAGGCUGGAUUUAUGACCUUGGAGGAGCUGAAAAAGUUUGAGUCACUGCACUCUGACUUCAACAAGUACUGGAUGCCUCUGGCGUGGUUUUCAAACCUGGCGUCCAGAGCGAGAGAGGAGGGCCGAGUGAGGGACGACAUAGCUCUGAGGCUGCUGAUGGAUGAACUCAAUAACUACAGAGCAAAGUGCAGCCUGCUGUUCCAUUAUGACUGGAUAAGCAUCCCUCUGGUCUACACUCAGGUAGUAACUAUUGCAGUUUACUCAUUUUUUGGCUUCUGUGUGAUUGGCCGACAAUUCCUGAAUCCCGAGAAAGGUUACAAGGACCACAGACUGGACUUGUACGUCCCUGUUUUUACCCUGCUGCAGUUCUUCUUUUACGCUGGCUGGCUCAAGGUGGGAGAGCUGAUCAUCAAUCCAUUUGGCGAAGAUGAUGAUGACUUUGAAACGAACCAGUUGAUUGACAGAAACUUUCAGGUGUCAAUGCUGGCUGUGGACGACAUGUACCAGAAUCUGGCUCCAAUGGUGAAGGACAAACACUGGAUGCAGAGACACUUCUCCAUCCCUUACACUCUGUCGACAGCAGCGGAGAGCCUCAGACCAGCAUUCAAAGGCUCCACUUAUGACAUGAGGAUGAGUGCUGAAGAUCUAGAGAUUCACCAGCCUGGAGGCACUCCUAUGAACAAACAGCAUUUGCACCUUCAGGGCUCUGUGAGUGAUGGGCUCAACAGCCUUCUGCAGUGGGGUAAAGGCAUCCUGCGCGGUGGGAGCCUCUCUUCUCUGAAGGAAGUCUCGUCAAACCCAAAUGACGCAGACGGGGAUGAUGAAAGGGAAAUAGAUGUGAUCACUCACAAAGAACAGGAAAAGGGACUAAUUAAAGUUGUAAUUGAACACAACUAA